AGCUAUGAUGGUUCAAGCUUGCUGGUUAUCAGCAGGUUGUUAUCCUUCAGAUGGUGCCCAAGCGGGCCCCGAGACGGCCCCGCACCGCUCAAAGAAGGACUUCGGUCACAACGGGUUCUCACACCAGCAAUGGUGGCAGUUUCGACCAUCUGGCUAGCGACUGCUCAAACGUUGGUGGUGGCAGCAAUGUCCCGCAAAACUUCGAUGAUCGCAAGAAGAAGUGGGAGGAGCGGAAGUUGGAGAAGGCACGCUUGGCGAGGCAGAGGAAGGACAUGGGUUUCGUCGAGCGAGGAAUGUCUGCGAAAACGAGCAAGCAGAAGCUGUUGAAGUCUGGCAAGGUCUGGGACGCUGAGGAGCUUCUCGUCCAGAAGGGCAUGCCCAUCUCUUCCUUGCAGCUCGUUGGCGCCGGCACGUUUGCCAAGGUCUACAAGGGAAUUUGGAGAGCGAACGGCGAUCAUGAUGCGGACUCAAUUGUGGCUGUUAAGGUUUUGAAUGUCGAGCACAGCCGCCCGAGACUUGCGAACGAUGGUGAAAUGGCGGCGCCCAAGAUGAUUGAACGGGAGGUGAAGAUCAGCCACGUUCAACAACACCCGAACCUCAUUAGAGUCAUUGAGUCUUCCAUUGAUGUGCUGCCAUACGCUAUUGUCGUCGAGUACUGUGCAGGUGGCUCUUUGUAUGACAUCACGAAUGGGGGCCCAAAGCGCACUCUUGGUAGAUUCAGCUGGAAUCAGCGUCUGAAGGCCGCUCUCGAUAUUGCAAACGGUAUGGCCUUCUUGCACGAGCAACACAUUGUGCACAGAGAUUUGAAGACGCAGAAUGUUCUUCUAGUGCACCCUGUCGUCUCAGUUGCUGAUGUGGUACAUGCCAAAGUGUGCGAUUUUGGGCUUGCCAGGUACCUUCCGCAGGAGGAUCAUCAAACCCGGUUGACACGGCAUGUUGGAUCUUGGUAUUUCAUGGCGCCAGAAUUGCGGAUUUGACACAGAGGACAAUGACUACAACGAGAAGGUCGAUGUGUAUUCGUUUGCCAUGUUACUCUACGAGGUGAUCGCCGGGAGGUUCUGUUUCAAUCGCGGUUCCAUGACAAUGUCCGAGUUUGUGGUAUUUGCCGUUGAGGGCGGACGUCCUUCAGAGGACGCAGUAGCUGCGACCGCUCCAGGAAUACUUCGUGUCUUGAUGAAGGAAUGUUGGCAGGCCACACCGUCUUCCCGACCAUCUUUCUUCGAACUCGCAGAUCUACUGGAGCAGCGCCAUCCUGAGCUAGCACGCGCAGGCAUAUCACGCAGUAGCCAUAAUCCUGGUUGGAUUGACGCUUUCUUUUGCUGCGUUCGCGGCAAAUGAGUGUUUUUAUUAGCUGCGCCUCCAAUUGUCUGCGACGAAUAAUUCGUAGCCACCGUGAGACCCAGGAGCAGGCUUCAAAAGCCACAGGGUCUUGUUUCGCUGCUUAUUUCGCGUUGGCUUUUGCGCGAUGCGCGGAGCUCUUUGCGAAUGGAUGUCUCUCGCCCUCUCUCUCUCUCUCUUUCUUUGUGUUUGUUAUCUAUGUAUACCUAUACCAAUGUUUUUGUUUCUCUCCUUUUUUUUGUUUCUCUCUCUCUCUCUCUAUCUCUCUCAUUCUCUCUUGCUGUACGUUUUUAUGCAAACACUAGACUCUCAAGAACGAUCGGCAUUACAACGCACUUCAACGCAAAGGAGCCAUGAUAGGAAUAUAAGUAAUAGGGGCCCGCACUAGCGAGCGGGAGUCUAGUGUAUGCCGCCAGUUGUGAACAUUCUCCCUGCGAGUCCCUUCAUCGCUGGAGUACUGGACACCUCCGCUGGGGUUCAUUUGGCUGCAGGGGUCCUCAUGCUUCUGAACACAGGCUGGCGCCUGAGACGCAGGGGUAGGGUUCAUAGGUUGUUGCCUGUACUUGUGACGUUCCCAAAACAUUUCGCAGCGCCCCUUGCGGACGCGAUUGAGCACAACUAGAGCUUUAGUUUGAGAGCGGAUCCGAGUUGGUCGGGUCUGCGUCCGGGCUUUGCCUACCAGUCGAUUCAACAGCAAGAUUCUAGAGUACGUUGUCACCGGCUGGGUGACGGUGCCAAGUUGUUUUCGGGUGGCGUCGCGCUGGCACGAGUUGGUUCCUCCCCCUCCCGUCUCUCAAUCCGUCUUCUUUGUGUUGGUGCGGUGUGUUGGGACUGUGUCUCCGAACCUGGCCGCGCGUUGCACACCCGUCGGCCCAGCUUGCCACAGUCUGGAGAACAGUGCCAGAGUGGCUUCUCGCGGCGUCGCUCUGGCCUGAGUUGGGCUCCCCGACCUCCAGUUCCUGAAUCUAUAUUCUUUUUUGUGCGGAGUACUGGCCCUGGGUCUCUCAACCCUGACCGCGGCGGGCAUGUCUUGGCCCCGCUCUGCAUUCGCUCGGACUCUCGGACGCACCCUUCCGCGACCUGCCGUUGCAAAAGUUGGUUGCGGUGAACAACCUGGUCACCCAGGAGUGGAAUUGAGUCUGAUGCAAAGCACUGGCCUUGGGGUAAGGGCCGCGAUAUGGUCGGCGAUGUCACCGCGGAACGUGCUUGAUGAGUUCGGAUGGGAAAACUGCCCCCGAGGACGCC